AUGGCAGCCCUCUCAGCACUGAAGGGCGUUUCGUCGACAAUGUAUUCCAACAUGUUCAUAGAACUACCUUUACCCAAGGGUGAUCUCACAGGCCAGACAAUCAUCGUCUCCGGCUCAAAUCAAGGUCUCGGCUACGAAGCCAGUCGUCAUCUAUUGUGCCUAGGAGUUGAUCGACUCAUCAUGGCCGUCAGGAAUAUUGACAAGGGUGAAGUUGCGCGAUUGGAGCUUUUGAAAGCCACUGGUCGAGAUGGCAACACUAUUGAAGUCUGGGAACUGGAUAUGGAUCGCUACAGCUCUGUCAAAAGCUUCGCGGCUCGCGCAGGAACACUUCCACGUCUUGACGCUUUCCUGGCUAACGCAGGCUUGGCCACAACCACUUUCCGCGUGGUAGAAGACAAUGAGCGAACAAUCACGGUCAACGUGGUCAGCACAUUUCUGCUUGCUUCCUUACUUCUGCCGAAACUACGCGAGUCUGCCUCAAAGUUUGGCAUUAUUCCACGUGUCUCGAUUGUGAAUUCGGCCUUGCAUUACAUUGCACCUUUGAAAGAAAUUGAAUUUGAUAGUGGACACGGAAUUUUUUCACGGCUGAACAACAAGGAAACUGCAAAUAUGGCUAUGCGAUAUCCAUUAUCGAAGCUGCUGGUCCUAUUUGGUGUCAGGGCAUUUGCCGAGCAAUUGGAAAACGGCAAGGGCCCAUUGGUUAUAAUCAACUCGCCAAACCCCAGCUGGUGCAAGUCCCAGUUAAUGCGAGAAUCGAGCGGUCCCGGCUAUCGCUUCGCGGCGCGUAUGCUAGCUCGUAGUACUGAGGAAGGUAGCCGGGCUUUGGUCCAUGGAAUUCUGUCUGGCAAAGAAAGCAGUGGUCAGUAUCUGGAUAAUUGUCAGGUGAAACAGUAA